AUGAGUGAGUUAGAUAUAAUGCAGUUGAAUAAAAUGAGAAAAGUUGGCAUAAGUACUCCUCAAGUUUAUGGGUCACUUGCAGAUCACCCUGGAGGGUAUGAGAGACUUUCUUUUUGUAAAAAGGACAUAUACAAUCAAAUUGGAAGGCAAAGAAGGUUGCAAGGUUUGGAUUCAAAAUGUGCACUGGAAUUUUUGAAUGGUUUAAAACGCAGUGAUCCUUUAAUGUAUGUUGGUCACACUGUUGAUGAGGAAAACAGAUUGCAACAUUUGUUCUGGUGUGAUGGCAUGAUGCAGAUGGAGUAUGAAGUUUUUGGUGAUGUGUUAGCAUUUGAUGCAACCUAUGGGAAAAAUAAGUAUUUAUGUCCUGUAGUUGUAUUUUCUGGUGUUAAUCAUCACAAUCAUACGAUAGUAUUUGGGAGUGCUAUUGUUUCAAAUGAAACUGUAGAAACAUAUAUAUGGGUACUUGGGCAAUUUGUAGAAGCCAUGAAAGGAAAGUCUCCAAUGUCUAUUAUCACUGAUGGUGAUGUUGCAAUGAAAAAUGCGAUAAGAAAGGUAUUUCCUAAUUCACAGCAUAGAUUGUGUGCAUGGCACUUAUUAAGGAAUGCGACAACUAACAUUAAGAAGCCAGCAUUUACAAAGGAUCUAAGAAAAUGCAUGUUGGGUGAGUAUGAAAUUGGUGAAUUUCGAAAGAAGUGGUCUGAAAUGUUGAACAAAUUUGAGUUGCAUGAUCAUCCUUGGGUUAUAGACUUAUUUGAAAAGAGGAAGAUGUGGUGUACAGCUUAUAUUAGAGGGGCUUUCUUUGGUGGUUUUAGGGCAACUUCUCGGUGUGAAGGAUUACAUUCUGAGUUGAAAAAAUAUAUUCAUCCGAAGAUUAAUCUGACAGAGUUUGUUCAACAAUUUUAUCGUCUUGUGAGUUAUAUGCGUUAUAGGGAAGUUGAAGCUGACUUUGCAUCAAUUCAUGGUGAUCCCGUUCCAGAAACAGAUUAUCAUAACCUUGAGCUAUCGGGGGCAAAGUGUUAUACGAAAGAAAUACUAAAAUUAUUUCGUGAUCAGCUUCAUAGUUCAUCUUUGAUGAGGGUGAUUGGUUGCAAGCAGACAUUUGGUUGUUGUAUAUACAUAGUGAGAAAAUAUGAAAUGAUUGACAAACAAUGGCAUGUGUCAUAUCAAUCAACACCGUGUGAUUUGAAGUGUUCGUGCUUAAGAAUGGAAUCAGUCGGCAUUCCAUGUGAUCAUAUACUUGCAGUGUUGGUUCAUCUGAAUUUAUCAGAGUUACCUAAAUGUUUGGUGUUAAAAAGGUGGACUAAGGUUGCGAAGGAUGAAGUGAAGGGCAAUGUUAGUAGACAUAGGUGGGACUCUGAGAAAGAUGCUAGAUACUUGUCAUUAAUGGAGUAUUUUAAAGAGCUAAGUACUUUGGCAUGUGAAACAUAUGAUGAUUAUGUUGAUAAAAGGGAUAAAGUUGUAAAUGAAUUAGCUGAAAUAAGAGGUAAAAAAUUGUGA